UCUGGCAACACUUAGUUGUACGUUUUCAUAGCGGAAAGAUGUUUGAGGAAACGCGCGUGACGAGGAACGUGGUUUCGAAGACAAAGACACUUCAAGUCUCAAGAAUUCCACCAGACGUUGAUGAAGAAGAUCUGAAAGUUUUAUUUUCGUCUUACGGUAAUGUGGUGCGUGUUUAUCGUGGUUUCUCGAAGGAUGUAUUAAACUUACAUUACGGUUUUAUUGAGUUUUCGACUGUGGAAGAAGCAGAAUGUGCGUUAGAGGAACUGAAUGACGAACCACCAUACUAUUUGUCUGUUGAGUUUGCAAAAUAUACGAAGCCUAAAAAAGAAGGGCAAAAUUUUAAAAUGAGAGGUGCAUCAAGCAUACGAGUUACCACAAGUGGUAACAGAAGAGAAGUUGUUUUAUAUGAUCAGUAUUCAGAGCGAGACACGUAUCAAUAUAACGAAAAUGUAUUUAAUCGUUCUAAAGACUAUCGUUUUACCACUAGAGAGAACUUUUCUGAUGAUAUAAUUGCCAACAAAGCCUAUAAGAAUAAUGGUUUGUGCAAUAUGACAGACGAUGAUAGUUUACUUCCAACUCCUGCACCUUACUUUAGAUUCGAUAAAAGACCGUUUGAUUGUGCUCGUACACAUUGUCAUGGUCAUGGAUUUUGUUCGCAUUGCUGCCACAGCAUGCAUUCGUCUAGUGAUCUUUCUGCAAAGCAAAGACAGUAUUGUAUGCGUCAACAUUCUUGUUUUACAAGUAAUCAAAUGUUAGGAGUUGAAUGCAGAAACGAGAUGCAAAGACCGAAAUAUCAGAAAGAAAUGAUUCAGAAUAAAAAUAUUCCAUUGUUUUCAGAAAGGAAUUCACUGCCAAUUCACACUUCUGGUUUAGAUUAUCAGUCUAGGAAACAUUCUGAAUAUAAAUUAUGUAAAAUUUCAUAUGAAGAAAAACUUAAAGCAGCAGCUGAAAAUUAUCAAGUAGGAUCUUUAUUACAGAAAGGUAAAGGGAAUGAGAAUGUUUUCUGGAUACCGAGAAAUUUAAAAAAAUAUCAAUACGAACAAAACAAAAUGCCACAUAAUGUAGAAGUUAAACAACAAUAUAUUUCUAGUGAAAAUAGGGAAAAUGCUGAUCAAAAACAAUUUAGAGCUUAUUAUCAAGAAAAUCCAUUUCAUAAAAACAAAGAAAAGUAUAAUGAAAGAAACAGUGAUAUAAAUAAUAGAAAUCAAAAUCAAAUGAGGAAUGAUCAUUUUAGAAAGAAACAAGUAAAUGAAGAUAGUGGACAUAACAGAAGGAAAGAAAAUGAAGCAAGCCUAAAGAAAGCUAACUUCCAAAAACAAGAUUUGGAUUUUAAAGAAGGAUCUUCAUCAGAAUCUGUAAGAUUACUAAAUCAUAUGGAGAAUAACAAUCUUAAAAUAAAUAACACAGGAUUUCAGAGUCUUAAUAUUAAUACUGAAAUACCAAUAUAUUUAUGUUACGCUAAUAAUCCUGAUGAACUUUGGAUUCAUAAAUUACCUGAAACUAAUCUUGAAGAGUUAUCAAAGGAAUUACAGAUGUACUGUGAACAAUCUGAAGUUUACUUGCCAGAAGUUGGAGAAAUCUGUGGUGGUCUUUAUUCUGUAGAUAACACUUGGUAUCGAGCUAGAAUUGAAGGAAUUGAUGAUAAAGGCUUAUGUGAUGCUUAUUUUGUUGACUAUGGAAAUAGUGAAAUUUUAUCUAAAUACCAUAUUAGACAAUUAAAAAAUGAUUUUUUAAAAUUGCCUUUUCAAGCAAUACCAUGCAAAUUGGUUGGUGUUAAACCUGUAGGAAAUAAUUGGUCUGAUGAAGCAUCAAAAAUGAUUUUAUCCACAAUUUAUUCAAAAGCUAAAAUUAUUAGGAAAUUGAAAAACAAAUAUGAAGUAGAGUUAAUUAAUUGUAAAGGAGAAUCAAUGAGUGAUUUACUGAUAAAACAUAAAUAUGCAAAGCCAGAUAACAAUAUGAUAGUUAACAACUUAAGCGUGAAGUCAGAUAAAUGUAUGAUUUUGAAUAACAAUGAAAAUGUAUCAAAAAUUAAUCUGUCAGAAAAAACAAAGCAUAAUUUUGGCAUACCGUCUGUUAUUGAGAAGUUACCAUUGGAUAUAAGAUUAGAAGCCACAGUUGUAUUCAAAUCCAAGGAUGGUAGUGAUUUCUGGAUUCACCCUAUGGUGAUAGAAGUAUAUGAAAAUUUUAAAAAAUUGACAGUUCUCAAUGAUUAUGGAAAUAAUUAUAUUGAAAAUUACAGACCAAAAGUUAAUGAAGUGGUUGUUGCCCAGUCUCCAGUAGAUGAAAUGUGGUAUCGUGCAUUUGUAAUAAGCAAGAAUAAUGAUGAAUAUUUUGUAUAUUAUUUGGAUUAUGGAAACAAAGAACAUGUAAAAAAAGUUGCUCCUGUUUUACCAGGCUAUGAGAAUCUUCCUUCUUGUAUUAUCCAUUGUUUUGCAAAAGAUUCGUGUUCUAAAAAACUAUACACAGAAAGUAUUGUUGCAGAUGCCUGUCUUUCUGGGAAACUUCUCUCUCUCAAUGAAGAUAAAGUUGAUAUUGAAUUUGUGUUUGAGAAUGAAAGUGUAUAUGUAUCAGGCUAUCCUUGGUAUUAUGAUUUGGAAAUAGAUGAUGUGAAUACUUUUAAUUCUUCCACUGUAGAUAUUGAACAGUCUUUUAACACAAUAUCAAAAGAUGUGAAUAAUGAAGGUUCAGAAUUUAUUAUUCCUUCUGGAAUUGAAGUGUUUAAACCUGGAAUUACAUUGAAAUUGCAAGUAGUCUAUAAUGUUACAAAUAAAGACUUUUGGGUGCAGGCAGUUACAAAAGAAGCAGGUGAUGUUUUGACAAAAUUAGUACAAUUGAAUGAACAAACAAAUCACUGUGAUGAUUGCAGCACUGAAUUAGAGUUAGAUAAAGUUGUUAUUGCUCGAUCUGCUGAAGAUGGAUGUUGGUACCGAGCUUAUGUUACUGGAAGAAGCUCAGGUGGGUAUUAUGUUCGAUUUGUAGAUUAUGGAAAUGAAGAAGAAGUGACAAAGAUUUUGCCUAUUCCAUUAAACAAUUCCUUAUUACCAUCUUAUGCAUUUCAUUGUAUUAUUACACAGCAAUUAUCAGAAGAAGAAGAAAGAAUCUUUAAUGAAUAUUUUGCAAGCAAAUUGCUUGAUGUUAAUGUUUUAUUCUGUGAUGAUGAAAAAAUUCACAUGGAUAUUGUUUUAGAAAAUUGUUGUAUAUUACUUUUUGGAUAUCCAUGGUAUCAUAAUUUGAAAGUAAAUAAGUCACUUAAUGAAACAGCUGAUAGCAUGAUUGUAAAUGAUGAUAUUAAUGAAAAGAAUGAAUACUCAUUAAGAAAAGAAAAUCAAGGAUUUAAUAAAAUACCAUCAGCAAUUGAAACUGUUAAGGUAGGAAGUGAGCUACAUUUAAUUGUAUCAGUUUGCUAUGGCAAUGUAUUUUCAGCAUUGAUAAGCGAAAUAAGUUUAUUUGAAAAGAUAGCUAAUUUAGAAGAAUGUCUUCAUCUUAAAAAUUCUUGUAGUUUACAGCCUGAGUUUAAAAUAGGUGAUCUAGUAACUGCAUUAUCACCAACAGAUAAUUUUUGGUAUAGAGCUUGUAUUGUGAAGUCCUUUGAUGAUUCUUAUUUGGUAUGCUUUGUUGACUAUGGUAAACAUGAAAUAGUAAAAAAUAUUGGUUAUUUAGAAGAGAAAUGUUGUUCACUGCCUUCACCUGCAAUUUAUUGUAAUAUGAAUGCUGUGUCUGCUGAAGUAAAAAGUAAUUUAAAGAAACUAAUAUUACCAAAUGAAGAAAUUAUGGUUAUAUUAAAAGAAAGAAUAGACGACAAUAUCUAUUUAGAACUGAUUGAUUCUAAUAGUAAUGAAAGUAUUUGUCAAAUCAUUGCAUUUCCAUGGAAUUAUGGACUAAGUGAAAAUUUAAACCAUUCUCCUGAGUUAAUAUUUAGAAAUGAUCAUCCUAAAGUAAAUGAUGAUAAACGGAAAACAGAAAACUCCUUAGAAUCAAGUAAAACAGAAGGUAAAAUGAUAGAAUAUACAAAAACUGAGAAUUAUAAGAAUAAUGAUUGUGAAAAUUCAGUCCUUCAAACUGUAACUCCAGUUAAAAUAUACAAUGAACAAACAUCAGCAGAAACUACAGUUAUCACUAAUAAUGUAGAAGUAAAGCAAAAUUAUAUUACAGCAAAAGUAGCUUCUAUUUUGAAAACAUUACUUCCAGAUAAACUGAUUCAUAUUAAUAUUGUUGUAACAUUCCCAGAUAAAUUAGAUUUUUGGGCACUUAUUUUAGAUCAGGAUAUAUUUACAUCACUAACUGAAAUGGAAGGUUCACUUAAAGUAAUGCAAUCAAAUAAUAAUUUUAAUCCUAAUAUUGGAGAUAUUAUUGCUGCUGAAUCUAUUGCUGAUCAUGCAUGGUAUCGUGCAUGUGUUUUAGGUAAAAAAGAUGAUAAAGUAAAAGUUAGAUACAUUGAUUAUGGCAAUGAAGAAUAUGUGACAACUUACAAACCUAUACAUGAUGAACAACUAAAUGUAAUUUCUCCAGUAAUGUAUUGUAUGAUCAUCCAAGACUCUAAAUUUGUUGAUACAGAUAAAUUAAAGGAACUAUUAGUUGUUUCUCAAAGUCUUUUAGCUAAAAUCAGUCAAAGAAAUUCUGAAGAAGUUUAUUUGACUUUAUUAACUGAAGAAAGUGAACCAAUAUGUGACAUUAAAGCAUUACCUUGGUAUCAUAAUCUUACAUUUUUAAAACCAUGUUCUGCAGCAUCUUAUGAAAAUAGUCUAAAAACUAACACAUCAUCAGGCCACAUAAAUGAUUCUUUACAAAUUCCAGCAAUUAAAAUGUAUGAAGAUAUGAAAAAAUUAGUUUUAUCUGAUUUUCAUAAUUAUGAAGUUAAAGUAGUUUCAGUAGAAAGUUAUGAAAAGUUAUUUGUUCAGCCUAUCAAAUUUGAAGAAGAAAUUGCUGAAUUAAUAAGUGAAAUUACACAAUAUUGUGAAAAAUUACCUAAUAAACCUUAUGAUCCAAAAAUAAAUGAGAUGGUAUGUGCAAAAUUUAGUGAAGACAAUUUAUGGUACAGAGGUUGGGUAAUAAAAUCUUUAUCAUCAUUAAAUUAUCUUAUACAAUUUGUAGACUUUGGUAAUGAAGAAAGUGUUGAAUCCAAGUGUUUAAUGCCUCUACCUGACCAAUUUGCAAGCAAGCCUAUUUGUAGUAUCCAAGUGACAGUUUAUAAUCUUCCAUCAUUACUAGAUAUUUCAAAACUGUAUGAACAGCUAUGGAAAAUGAAGAUAGUAAAUAGUCAAGACAAUAUUGUUGAAUUAUUAGAUUUAGAUUCAAAUAAUGAGCAGUUAAAUGCACAGAACAAUAAUGUUAAAACUGAAAUAUGUGACAGUUCAAGCAAGGUCACAGAAAUUUUUCUGUAUGACAAUUGCGAAUUUGUAAAUUUGCCACUAGGUACAGUUGAAAUUAUAAUAACUAGCAUUAUUUCACCAGAAACUAUCUUUUGUAAUUUUGUAGAUGUUAACAAUAUGUCUGCCUUGAAUAAAUUAAAUGAGGAUAUAAAUUUAUAUUGUAGCAAUAAUGCAUUUGAGAACUACCAUCCUAAAUGUGGAGAACUGUGUUUAGCAAAAUAUUCUGUUGACAAUCUGUGGUAUAGAGCAGUUCCUUUGGUAGUUGAUGAAAAAUUGCAAUUAUUGUUUGUGGAUUAUGGAAAUAUUGAAAUUGUUAAUUAUGAAGACACAAGAAGAAUGACAUUGCAAUUUACAAAGAUUCCAGUGCAAGCAAUACACUGUAAGUUAUCAGGAUUAGCAGAACAGACUUGGAGUAUUGAUGUCAUUAACGAAUUGUUGAAAAUAUUACCUCAACAGUGUCUUAUCACUGUACAAGUUCUUGAUAAAAUUAUUUUAAAUAAUAUGUUUAUAUAUGUGAUAGAUAUUCCUAGUGCAAGAGAGCACUUACUAAAGACUGGUCUUGUCAAGCCACAAGCUGAAGACUAAAGAUUUUAUUUUUGUUUUUAACAUUAAUUUUUGCAUUUUAGUUUAAAUGAAACAUAUUUUGUUGAAAUUAAUAAUUUACUAACAAUACUUGUAGUUACAGUAAUAUAAAUUAAAUAUUGUGAUUGUAUAAAAUACUUAUUGCAUCAGAUAUGUUAAAGAAUGAAAAAUAUUUAAAGUAAUUAUUUGUGAUUUUACGACUUGGUAAAACUUCUUACCUUAUUAUUAAUCUAACAAUUGCAUGUUCUUUGUAUUUUUUUUAGUUCAUUUUGUACCUGUUAUUACAAUAUCAACGUUAUUACUUUAUUUUAUACUUUCUGUAGCAAUUAUUUGAAAUGUUUCUUAAGAAUAUCUUAAUAAAUUUGAGGCUGAAUUUGCCGUUUCAAUUUAUU